UUGCUCCCAGAAGAUGAAGAUGCCCCCGAGCUAGAAUCGCGGCUUCAAUUCCAUAAGCAGUUUAUGAUAGGAGCACAAAGUAACAGAGUAGGGUUAGGAUCAAAUAGGAAAGUCCAAGAUGCGGAUAUAUUGAAGUCUUUUAUUCGGCAAGACGAGAAUGAUAAAUAUAAGAUCCAUGCAAUGAAUUUAGAAAUGCAGAACGAGUGGUUAGACAUAGGAGAUUUUUGCAUCCCAUUAGCAUUAAAAUGGCGCACUUUAAUUUAUGAUUGGUCGCCAGCAUUGCUAAAAUUCCAUCUCAAUGCGUUCCAGUUAACUUUCCCAGAUCAGAUUAAUUUAGUAAGAUGGGGUAAAAGUACCGAAAAAACUUGCCAUAUCUGUGGAAAGACAGUUGGAACUGCUAAGCAUUUGCUGAUGGAUGUAAGGUACUCCUGGACAGCGGUCAAUACUCGCGUCGUCACGAUAGGGUUCUAG